AUGGCUGCAAGGGGAUUGGAUAUCAAUGAUGUGCAGUUGAUUAUCCAGUGUGAACCUUCGCGUGAUGUUGAAGCUUAUAUUCAUCGAUCUGGACGUACAGGAAGAGCACACAAUACUGGGGUCGCUGUGAUGCUCAUUGAUUCCAGAAGGGCUAACAUUUCCAAGAUACAUAGGUGUUGA